CCCACUCCUCCCUCUAAUUUCUUCCUCCCCAACUAAAAAACAAACACUAAUCUCUUCUCUCUCUCUCCAUCCUAUUUCUUUCAGUUUCGUCAUGGAAAAUCCGACCCGAACCCGGUGCUCCGUUCUCAUCGUCGGAGCUGGUAUUUCUGGUAUUACGGCGGCGAAGGUGCUGGCGGAGAACGGGGUGGACGACGUGGUAAUACUGGAGGCGGCUGACAGAAUCGGGGGGAGGAUUCGGAAGGAGGAGUUUGGGGGCGUGACGGUGGAGCUCGGCGCCGGUUGGAUCGCCGGAGUUGGGGGGAAGCAGAUGAACCCCGUCUGGGAACUGGCCGGCCGGUCCAACCUCCGCACCUGCUUUUCUGACUACAGCAACGCUCGUUACAAUAUCUACGACAACACCGGGAAGAUAUUUCCGAGCGGAGUGGCGGCGGAGUCGUACAACAAGGCGGUGGAGUCCGCCAUUGCGAAGCUGCGGAACCAAGAUUCCGACAAUCCUGGCGAUGAUGAAACGACGACCGGUCCCAGGAGUCCAAUAGACUUGGCGAUUGACUUCAUUCUGCAUGACUUUGAAAUGGCAGAGGUGGAGCCAAUAUCAACUUAUGUGGAUUUCGGGGAGAAGGAAUUUCUGGUUGCGGAUGAAAGAGGGUAUGAACAUCUGCUGUAUAAAAUGGCGGAGACCUUUCUUUUUACCCAGCAGGGUAAAAUCUUGGACACCAGGCUCAAGCUCAACAAGGUAGUUCGGAAAUUACAACACUCUAGAAACGGCGUAACAGUAAAAACUGAAGAUGACUGCAUUUACGAAGCACAGUAUGUGAUUUUGUCUGCCAGCAUCGGCGUCCUGCAGAGCAACCUCAACAUCUCCUUCUCACCGCCCUUGCCCAGGUGGAAGACAGAGGCAAUAUCGAACAUCGACAUCAUGGUCUACACAAAGGUUUUCCUCAAGUUUCCUCACAAGUUUUGGCCGUGUGGACCUGACAAAGAGUUCUUCAUCUACGCCCAUGAACGAAGAGGAUACUACACGUUUUGGCAGCACAUGGAGAACGCAUACCCGGGUUCGAACAUCCUGGUUGUGACUUUGACCAACGGAGAAUCUCAACGGAUCGAAGCACAAUCCGAUGAAGAAACCAUGAGAGAGGCAAUGGAAGUGCUGAGGAACAUGUUUGGACAUGACAUUCCGGACGCAGUCGACAUUCUUGUACCGCGUUGGUGGAACAACCGCUUCCAACGGGGCAGCUAUAGUAACUACCCGAUUUAUGUAGAUCGUCAGCUAGUCGAUGACAUAAAGGCACCAGUAGGAAGGAUAUUUUUCACAGGCGAGCAUACGAGUGAGAAGUUUAACGGCUAUGUCCAUGGGGGCUACCUCUCAGGUGUUGAAACUACCAAAGCGUUACUGGAAGAAAUGUUGGCUGAGAAAGAGAGGAAAACUGAAAAUCAUCAGUCUUUUCUGCUGGAGCCCUUGUCAGCUCUAUCUGAUGCAGUGUUUGAUAUCCCCAAACAGCUCUUCCUACGUACUAGUAACCUCGGAUUUCUAAAAGCUAUCUUAUGACUAAUCGAAUUGUCGGAGGUUGAUUGCAUUUCACCCCAUGUAAAAAGAUAUUAAUAGGCAAAAAACCCCUUUGAAUGAAAGAAAGUGCAAUGUAGUCUCUUUGAUUUUUUUAAAAAGCUCACUGACUCCUGCGUUGGGUGUCUUGGUGCUAUUGGCUUAAGAGUACUAGGGUCGUAAUGCUUUUUUUUUUUUUUUUCUUUCUUUUUGGGUUCAGGGAGUUUUUUGUUUAUUAGUACUUUAAAAGGGAGACGUGGUGAUCAUAGGAGUUAGGAGUUGAUAAAUGUUUAUUAAUGGUAGUUAGUUUAUUUUGCAAUUAUUGAUUAUUCUUUAUUACUUCCUAAUGAAUACUUUUACCAGAAAGCAAAUGCGAUUGAAGGAGUGGUGUACAAGAUCUUAUGUGCUUGCUAUAAAUGCUUAAUUUCUUACCAUCUUGGUGUUCGAAUUUAUAUUCUGCAUUAGUUAGAAAAAUAUUUUUUUUUGGAGGA